AGUAGGCAGUGAUUAAUUCAUCCUCUGUGAGAGCUGGGCUUCUAUUUAAUGGGGGGUCUCUGCCCAGAAGGAGCUGGAGGCAGCUCUGGGAGCACAGGAGCAUGGCAGAGGCUCUGAGGCCGGGCUUUGGGGAAACAGCCGGCGUGGAAAUGCUGCCAGAGGACGGCGGCUGCAGGCCCAAGGCCAGGGUCGGGCUGGCGUCCAGGAGGAGCAGCGCCCACUGGCCUCUGACCUGCUGCCUGCUGUCGAUCCCCAUCCUGGCUGCACUCACCACCUACCUGCUCGUCGGCCAGCUCCGGGCCCAAGGAGAGGCCUGUGAGCGCCAGACUCCAAAAGAACAGGAGAUUGGACCUUCACAUCAGCGAGCUUACGCACCUCCUGGAGCUGAUAGGGAGAAGCCAAGGGCACACCUGACAGUUGUGAGACAGACUCCCAUGCAGCCCUUGAAAAAUCAGUUCCCAGCUCUGCACUGGGAACAUGAACUUGGCUUGGCCUUCACCAAGAACCGGAUGAAUUACACCAACAAAUUCCUGGUGAUCCCAGAGUCGGGAGACUACUUUGUUUACUCCCAGGUGACAUUCCGAGGGACCACAUCCGAGUGUGCUGAAAUCAGCCAAGGAAGGAGACCCAACAAGCCAGACUCCAUCAUUGUGGUCAUCACCAAGGUAACAGACAGCUACCCCGAACCAACCCAGCUCCUAAUGGGGACCAAGUCAGUGUGUGAAAUAGGCAGCAACUGGUUCCAACCCAUCUACCUAGGGGCCAUGUUCUCCUUGAAUGAAGGGGACAAGCUGAUGGUGAAUGUCAGCGAUAUCUCUUUGGUGGAUUACACAAAAGAAGAUAAAACCUUCUUCGGAGCCUUCCUGCUAUAGUAGUAAGGCAGAUGUCAUUGCAUGGAGGUCCUCUGCUUCUUAGGUCCUAAUUUUCCUCACUCGUAAUUAUAACCAGGAGGCUUUGUUGGAGCAUUGAUAGAGACAGUAGUUAAGAAAUUUAGGGGCCAAAAAUUCAUGCUUUAUGUACCUGACUGAUGAGAAUACUAAUCAGAAAAAGGCAGAAGAGAGCAGACCUAUUAUCACAGCUGCUUGGAAGAGCGGUGAGCUUCUAAACAUUAAAACACUGACCACCAAAUGAAUGGAACAUUUCCAUGCCUGGGUCCUAUGCAUUUGUCAAGAGAGGGCGCAGGUACUGUUCAAUUUUAUUAUGCAGCAUUUGCUUCAGUUCAGGAAACUUAAAAACAAAAUCGAAAGCCCCAGAAACAGUCCAAACACUUCAGAGGCAAAAUCCUUCAUCAGUUCCCCCAAACCCAUACUUUAAUGCCUUACCGAAAAAGAAAAAAAAAAUGAAAAAAGAACUCAUAUUUCUUAUAAAUGUGCCUCAAGAAAAGGAAUUAACUUUCAAGCCAUCUAUGCCAAGUGAGAAAAACUGCCUUUCUCUUUAUUAUGUACACGUGCAUCAAAACAAGCUGUGAGUUCCCAUGCAUUUUAAAAACACAACAGCACCCAUUCAGCACAGUGUUCUUGAGCACCUUUCAUGUGUGUGCUGAACCAAAACACGCUGUGAAGAACGAGGCCGAUUCCACCCAAAUGUAGAUGAAUUCCUGGCUGCAGGUCAAAUACCGCUCAACAUAUUGCAAGGUCUAAUUCCAACUCCUCACAAAUAUCACCGGACACUGUUAAACAUGAGAUUUCUGGAGCUCUCCUCGCUAUGUAAGACAACCAGCUGAUUAGGCCAGUCAAGAAACCUGAAGACAAGAGUUCAGGCAAACAGACCAACCAUAAAACAAAGUUGACUGAUCCCAUGGACUUAGUCCCUGGAGGGAAAAUGCCAAUCACCACAUCUGGAGAUGUUAACUGAGAUCUGCUUUGAGGUUUGACUCACUUUAUAUGCAGAGUGUUAUAUGGGUACUUUGAAAAUAUUCAAAGGGAUUUAAAUGUGGAAUUGGCUCAUCAGCCCAGCCAAGGCAUCUUUCCUGAAGAAGAGGCAGAACACUGAGAAGGCCCUUCCUGUGCUUCUAUGAGUUCAUAUCCUCUGUGGUCCUCAAAUCUGUAUGAUUUUCCUGCGCUCAUAUGUCAAAGGUUGGAGGGACAUUCUUGUUCUCUUAGCCUCUGUUGAUUUGCCUGUAAAGAAGGAAUCCACCGACUUGUUUCCCAGGAUCAAAUGAGCUCAUGGGGAUCAAACAGGUCAGCUCUGAGCAUUCUGUGAAGUCCAUGAGUGUGUCAGUGUGACUUGGGGAGUGUUCUCCAGCACCUUGGCCUUUGUUAUAAAUAUUCCCUAUUGUGAGACACGUCACAGAUGGGUCUGAAAGCAAACUUGGCAAUGACAUCACUCUUAACUUGGGCUUCCCUGGUGGCUAAGCUGAUAAAGAAUCCACCUGCAAUGCAGGAGAUCUGGGUUUGAACCGUGGGUUGGUAAUAUCCCUUGGAGAGGGGAACGGCUACCCACUCCAGUGUUCUGGCCUGGAGAAUUCCAUGGACUGUUCCAUGGGGUCACAAAGAGUCAGAAACAACUGAGCAACUUUCACUUCACUUCGCUCUUACUCUCGUUACCGCAGAGGCAGAGACGUGUAUGACGGGGUUCCUGAACACGAUGACUGGUGUAGCAGUACUGGAUCAACACUUGUUGAGCUCUAAGUAAAUAAAAAUUAAUUUCUAAUUUCUUAGUUGGGAGGUUAAGGCUCUGAAGGCCUCAGUUUCUCUAUAAACAGUCAGCAAAGGGCUCAGCAGGAGCAAAGAGCGGGGCGUGGUCCCUUCCACCUGGUUCAGAAGUGUCUACAAGGGAAGUGAAGCUUGAGUCCUGAAAGGAGGUGGGCGGGCAGCAGAUGGCCUGGGGAAAGGGCAUCUCAGUCAGAGGAAUUACCCUUUACUUAAAGCAGAAAGGAAAGGUUUCUCAGUAACUACAAAACCAGCUUGAUAACAGAAUGUUUCCUCCACCAACUCCUAGAACAAUAGCUAUUUGCAAUUCAGGAAUGUUUUUAAUCAAUGACUCCAGCCUGGCUCCAGAUCACAACUAACAUCCUGUUAAGGAAAUAAAAGGCUCUGUCUGCAUCUGCAUGUGAGCACCGAGCAAACCCGGGAUGUGGAAAAGGAUUUUCACAGAGGGGCCCAGCGUGGCCUGCUCACUGUCCCCUCCUCUGAAAAGAACCCCUCACCAAGGGCCUUCAAACCUGCCCUCUGUUCCACAGGGAAUCUGAUGAAUUUGGAAGUAUAUCCGAAAAAUAGGAAUUUCCUACUCUCCUAAAAGACUUGAGGCUUUGAAAAAAUCCCCACCACAUAUUUGUUUUACUCUUGAUUAUUAAAGAUUGUAUUUUGCUUAAGUUUUCAUUGCUGAAAUGAAAUGUUAACUUCUUUGUUAAUGCUGAAUUUGUUAAAUCCUCUUUGAUUUUCCUUUUACUGUUUAAGUAGGCCAAACAUUGCUAGUGGGACUCAAGUCAGAACUUCUGUUUCCUUGGCAUUAUUAUGAGUAAACGGGGUACAUUCAAAGAUUUAGAAGGGGAAAAGGAACAUGUUUACACGCUUCGGAAAAUAGUUAAUUUAGGGAGAAAAUGUUUUACUGGUUCUAACUCUGAGAAGGCUGAACUCAAAUCAAUUCCACAAACAUUUACUAAGUACCUACUUGCCCUGGGGAUACAAAGAUAAAUUAUUUUCUCUUUAAAUGUGUUCAUUCUAACUGCUUAGCGCUUCCAUUGUCUGUAGAUCUUUUAAUUUAUUUUGGUUGUAUUAGCUAAUUAAUUUGCUAGCUUUAGGCAUGUGGGUAUUUUCUCAUUAUGAAAAUGGGUGCUGUUUGAUGAAGGAUAAUCUAACAAAAUGACUUGUGCUUACUCUAAGUGGUUUUUAAAAUAGCUAUUCAAGGACAGUUCUCCAUAAAUAAAAGGGAAGAAAACAAAGAUACUCUCUAUGGUAAAGUCCACUAGCUAAACCACAUAUAGAAAAAGGUUUUUAUUAUUUCCUAGACUAGAGAAGAUAAUUCAUCAACACCAAUGACACUAUUAGAACUUUAAGGAUAACUCAGAUGUUUUGAAAAGCCUGUGUUUCAUAUAGAAAAAGGUUUUUAUUAUUUCCUGGACUAGAGAAGAUAAUUCAUCAACACCAAUGAUACUAUUAGAACUUUAAGGAUAACUCAGAUGUUUUGAAAAGCCUGUGUUUCUCAGCCAGUACAGGAACCAUGAUCUAAAUGCAUGAGGUCACUGGCAUUUUGACCCUGGUUUAGAUCUAUUUGGCAGAACAAAAUUGCUUAAGCUACUAAACUUCCUAAAUUGUUUGGCUAAGCUACAGCAGGACAUGAAAAGGUCCACUUUCACAUCCUGAAAAGUGUCUGGUUCAGUUCAGUAACAGGGCAUGCCUGAGCCUUGGGCUCCACUUCAAUCAAAGCUACGCCACCCCAGAGGAAACAUCACCCCUGUGAUCGUCAGUAACCCCUCUGGACUGUAAAAGUUCAACUAGCUCACUGCACAAGGCAUGUUUGUUGCAAGUUUCUCUGGCAAGGUAUUUUCCCAAGUCCUUUCCCAGUCAUAUUUUCAUGAUUGUGACAUUGGGGAUGAAUUCUUUAGGACAGGACUGUUUAUACCCUGCACUUUGCGAAACACAUGCAGAAGUCACUUGCCUCAAGAUUUCUUGCUCUCCCAGGACACAGAGCCCCGGGAGUAUUCUGCCAUUUUUAGAAGAAAUUUUUUAAAGGAUGCACCACUAUCUUGGAUAUUAAGAGCUAUUGCAUCCUGUUGGCAGCUGGGCCUGGGAAGAAUUCAGUGGACUAUUAACCCCUGAAUGCUUUUGCUCCAACAGUGAGAGAGUGAGGGUCAGAAUAGUCACAUCUAUGCCCUGCCCCACUCUUACAACCAUAUUUACAACUUUCCAAGCUCUGAUACACAUUUGCCCCCUGCCAUCCCUUCCUCCAUCAUCCCAUUUUAAGAAAAAAGUACCAUACCAGCCCAUUCGAAACUUAUUCAGGACCGCACAAUGAGCUAAUGGCAGAUCUAGAGCUGGGAUACUAGCUUCCUGAAUCAUAAUCCUAGGCUCACCAAUUACCCUCUGCUCUUAUUAAUAGUAUUCCUCUUAAUAACUGGAAGAGAAAUUAGAGGAAGACAGGAGAAGUAUCAAGUAUCAGUGGGUGAUGUAGAAAGGGGAAAAGAUUUCUUUAUUUCCCUAGAGGAAAGAACUAGGGCUAAGAAGUUGAAGUUACAGGGUCACCAUGUCUGCCUUGAUAUCCAAAUAAACUUUCAAUCCCUGAAUAGAAUGUUCCCAGAUAGUGAUUGUUUAGUCCCAGAAGAUACUCAAGUGAAGGAUUCAUCUUAAGGCUUUUGUAGAAACCAUUCCUUCAUUGAGGUAAGAAGAAGAACUGAGUCAAAGGAUUUCUGAGGUCUUUUCCAAAUCUUUGUGGCCAUUUUUAAAAUGAUUUAUGUGUGUUCUAUUUGAUUAUUGAGAACCUGGAAGGCCUUGUCAAGGGUUCAGGGCUUUCUAGCCUAGAAGUGGUUGCCAUUUCCUACUUUCUCAGAGACUGUCCAACACAAGUGACUCGGACAGCAUGACCAACAGAGCAUGUCAUGGGAUGUUAGAGAACUGCAGUGUUUGUUUGCUCCAAGUUAUAUCAUUUUAAGGAUGAAGGAACUCAGCCUCAAAAAGGUGAUGUGAAUGGCCCAUUGCCAGGCAGUAACAAGUAGCAGUGUGAGGCUAGAAGGCAUAUCGCCUGACACCCAGACUAGUAAUCUUCCAUGUCAUCCAUGACUCAGUUACUUUCUGGAGCAUCUGUCACAUGACAGCACUUACCUAGAUGCUGGAGAGUCAAGACAACAAAGAAUAUGACGGGCGAGUCCCACUCUCACGUCGUGUGUGUUCAGGUAGAAGGAGACAAACGAUGUUGAGUAACUAAAGAAGUGGGACUUCAUCAGAUGACUUUAUUUGUAAAGUCAUGAAAUAUGUAAUCUCCCCCCUUUUGUUUCAGGGGUGAAAAGAUUAAACAAAUGUAGGUAUUUAUCUGGUUUUAAUGAUAAGCCCCAUGUGCUUUGAUUGAUUUUAUGUUUUAUGUUAAAACAUCAUAAACCCAAGGUAAACUGCAUAUUGUAUGCUGUUGGAUAUGUUAACUAAUCCCAUGUCUUCUGGCACUACUGUAUGUAUUCAAUCACUGUGAAUGAUAUGUUGUACAUGUUAAAGUAUUUAAUAGAUGUAACUUAAUAAACUGGCAUUGAAAGCCACAGAAUUUUAAUAAUUAGACCAA